AUGGGGCAAUGUUUGAGGCACCAGAUGCUCUGGGAGGACCUGGAGGAGUACCAGGCCAACCCAUUCCGAGACCGAAUCUGCAAAGUGUUCUCCCACGACGACGUGUUCUCCUUCGAGGAUUUGCUGGGCAUGGCGUCUGUGUUCAGUGAGCAGGCCUGCCCCAGCCUGAAGAUCGAGUACGCCUUCCGCAUCUACGAUUUUAACGAGAACGGCUUCAUCGACGAGGAGGAUCUGCAGCGUAUUGUCCUCCGGCUGCUGAACAGCGACGAUGUGUCUGAGGACUUGCUCAACGACCUAACACGUCAUGUGCUGAGCGAAUCUGACCUGGACAAUGACAACAUGCUGUCUUUCUCAGAGUUUGAACAUGCCAUGUCCAAGUCUCCUGAUUUCAUGAAGUAA